CAAGCUUCAGGCUACAUACAACAAAACCUACCACCCCAACCACACACAAACUACACACCCCAUACAGACACCCCAAUCCACCACCUCACCAUCCAUCCAUCCAUUGCAAAAACAACCCAACCACAACAACACAAUGUCCACCAUUAACCCCCCAACAUUCCAAAUCCACUAUUUCGCCUCCGCAUCCACCUACACAGGCAAACAGACCGAGCGACUCGCAGCCCCGCUACCGCUAUCCCUCCUCUUCGAUACCCUAGAUUCAAUGUACCCCGGGAUCAGGGAGAAGGUGCUCUCCAGCUGCGGGGUCAGUCUGGGGGAUGAAUAUGUUGAUAUGGUGGAGGAUAGUCAGGUUGUGAUUAAGGAGGGAGAGGAAGUUGCGGUUAUUCCCCCGGUUAGUUCGGGGUGAAUGUUUUCGGGGAGUUGGGGUUUGAGGUAGAGGUAUAGGUGUGUAUAAGUACAAGCAUAGGUAUUGGGGAAGUCUGGAGUAUUAGGGUUGGAGAAGACAGGGCAGAACAGGGCAGAACAGGGCAGAACAGGG